AGGCAUCGUCUUUGUCUGCAACGAAGAGAGGUGGAAACAGAACGAAGUGGCAGCUGCUUGGACAAGACUACCCCUUCAUCAUCAUAAUGAUUAUUAGGAGGUCUACAAUAUUAUUAUGUCAAACUUGACUAGUAUUUCCAUUGUUAUUCACGCCUCUAUCAUGCCGAAACGUCCACAGUCAUAGAUCUCCUGUCGCGAAGUUCGCAACGUGCGUUAGUUGCCUGGAUAAACUGCAUGGUGUACUAGAAGUAAAGGCAACACCAGGACCAGAGAGGAACAAGGUAACAAGAUGGGGAGCGAUCUCCAGCAGCUCGACUACGAAGGUGACGGCGGCGAGUCACUCUAUAGUCAGUUGGCGUAUCUCUUCUUUGCGGUAUCGCUAAUGUGUAUUUGCCAAAGGCUUGUAUCACAUACAAAAGCAAACGCAAAAAGAAUUUCGUGCAUCGCGACGUGUUGAUUUAUAAACCGCGACUCCAACUAGAACUAACAAUCGCAAUUGAUCAAUUUCGCUCAUUUGCAUUUGGAUUUGAGUUUUCCUCGGCAAGUUAUAGGUCGGUUUGUGUGAUGUGGACCUUUUUUUGUUCAUGGUCUGGUAUUGGUUGGACCCACUUGCACAUCACAAAGCCAUGAUGUAGUGGACAAAUACGACAAACAUAAAUGCGGAACUAUGAUCGCGAUGCACGGAGUAGAGUAUAUUGCAUAUUCAUAGUAGAAUCUGCAAGAUCUGUGGAACAAAAAGCAAGAUCUGUGGAACAACAGAGCGGACUCGAAGAUGGAUUCGAUUAUGGCCCGCUCAGGAAUGGAAUCCGUCCUAAACUCAAUAUUUUUCGGAACGUAGUAGUUCCGGCAUGUUACUGAAUAUGCUUGCAAGAGAAAUCGACAUGAAGAUGAUGUAGAAGACAGGGUGCAUGAAAGAGGAGAAAGUGAACAGAAAGCCACACACUCCAACAUCAAUGCGAGCCGUUAGAGUCCAAUGUGGCCGGCCGGCAGGCCGGAGAUCGACAUCAAGCAACGACAAAUUUCCGGCCAGUUCGACAGUUCAGACCUCAAGUCCGAGGCGGACCUCCGAUCACGCCUGACCGGCCGCCGGACGUAGCCCACAUUGAUUAAGUGAGGAUUACUUAGCUAAUCUUCCGAUUUCGCACUCCCAAGAUCAAAUAAAAUAUUCUCUGGUCUUUUAUCAUAUUGAUGGUAUGUUCAGAAAACUCACAAAGAGGCACAUAAUAUAUGUGCUCUUUGUGAUCGGGAGAAGUUUUUGUUGUUGAUCUUUGAUGCUCUUGCUAGUUUGUUUUUGUUACCUGAGCUUCAGAUUGCUGCACCUGAGCGGUCCAUAAGCAAUCGCACCGUCGCUGACGCAGCCCUGAACCAAGCUACACAUGCCACUGGAGAAGCGACACGUGCAGUGCAAACGGCUGUCGGCGCACAGGGAGCUGCACAAGCUGCACAGGAUACUGCAAAUGCCGCUCGCAAUCAAGCAGGUCUCGCACAGGCGUCGGCUACUGCCGCCCAGGCACGAGCAGACGCAGCGCAUGCUCAAGCCGAUGACGCUACGGCGCAAGCGGGUUUGGCACGCGAUGAGGCAGGCGCAGCUAAACGAGCUGUCAAUCGUUUACGAGCCGAGGUACUCGACAUCAACUCGUUAUGAUUUACAAGCCUUGCAUAUGAUUUCAGUACCACUUAUCCGGUGUUUAUUUGGCUUGCGCUCGUCCCUGGACUGCCGUCCACGCUGGUCUGCUAACCAAAAAAUGUGCGCGCGCGGGACUUAGGCUUGGUAGCCAAAUGCCCACAUAUAGUUGGCAUUCGCGGGCCUGGGGCAGUUGCAGUUCGGCGGAGGUCUCUGCCUGUCGAUCGAGCCACAUACGCAAUGGCCAACGCUGACCAACGUCCAGAGCCGGCCAGCCCGUGAAACUGUAUCGCUGACGAUAGCUAUAUGCUAAACGCAAUUUAUUUAUACAAAGACAAACACAAAGUGAUGCCAUGUCAACAAAUCACAUAAGUGGUCGACACCGCGUUAGAAUCUAGCGACACCGAGAAGUCUGCAUUUUUUUAGAGAAAGGCUAAUUAGUUUGCUUUUCAUAGCAAGCCGCAUCAAGUUCGUGGUCAAAAUUUGAAUUCAUUUGAGUUACGCGAAAAUAAAACCAAAAAACUUGAGGUUGAGUUGCGUUCCUGUUUCGCAAGUAAUUGGCUGAGCGUGAAGGCUAAAGAUCUUGCACGAAAUGUGGUGACGUUGGCCAAUUUUCUUACAUCAGGUGCGAGUGUUAAAGCGGCGAAUCAUGCACACGGAAUUGGCGGCGGCAACGUGGAGAGCGACGUGGGAUAAAAUCAAUGUGAGGGUGCGCAACCACCUGUACGAUGAGCUGGACGUGCGGAGGCACUACGAAAAGCAGACAGUUUCCGUAUGCUUCUGACAUCACAGAGUAUCAUACAACGGGAUGCAGACUGCUAUGUAAGGAUAGCGAAAAUAAAAGUAUGACCAGACGUAAUUAUGAGUCGUAGUUUUCUUUGUUCACUGAAGCAGUUUCUUUUGUUUUGUUACCCUGAUGCACCUGUCUGUGCUUUUUUCUUAUGAAGAGUGUUACUUUCUAUUGCAUAGUCGAGCCUGAGAAGAAAGAAAUGCAUUUGAUUGGUUCUCGGAGCCAUAGUUGCACGCGCCCUCCCAGAACCAGGCGCUGCUUUUUGUCUGUUUUCUUUGUAAUGGCCCGCCCGUAGCUGCUCCUGUUCGUCAUGAGCAAGGGCCGUCUUCAUCAGGGUUGGGCUCUGCGUUCUGGAACAGGAGAAAAGGAGGAAGCUUUGACUUGAGUCUGAAUGUCAAUGCUUCAUCGAGAAAACAAGUAUGCUUCAAUGCCACGAAUUACGUGUGCAUCGAUGCUUUCCUUAUUGCAGUUUGCGCCGUGGUUUGGGUAUGUUUUUCGAAGCAUGCGCGGAUCUACUGGAAUCGACUGUCGACAAUGACCUCCGAGACCUAUACAAGCUUCUGGCUCCGUUACUCCAAGGAAAACCCUUUUUAUUUGAGCCAGCAUUCAUCCUAUUAAUUUUUGGGCAUAUACGCAUAGCCUCCUCUUGUUGUUGUUAACUCAUUCAUACGAAAAAAAAGUAAGUGGAACGCGAAGGCGCGAUUGGAAGCGCAGCUUUGCCUGGUGGUGCAAACAAAGCAAGAAACACAAAAGGCCGAGGGCGACAAGGCUCUGCAUGCGAAACUCGCAAGCCACAUCGGCAGUCCUUAACAGUUGCAAACACGAAAGAAAGAUAAAGCCCACGCCCUUAUGCGAUGAAUGAGGUUGACGUUCAGGCGCCAAGAUGAAAUCGGUUUUUCUUUUUAAAUUUCAUACCUCGUUAAAGACCGCACAGUGCUGGAGGAGGAGCGCAGCCGCGCAGAGCGUUGCGUACGCAUUUGCAGCUGCUUGGGCUUGCCAGUUCCGACAGAUCUGCAGGACCGGUACAAAAUCCAAGAGUAG